AUGUCGCGUGCUUAUCACGUGUGCAAGAAAUGCGGGCCUAGCAGUUGGAUCUUUCAGGAUCGUGUCGGGUCGAACCCGUUCUGCAAGAAGUGUGGAUGCCAGUGGCCGAAGGCCACACAGCAGAAGCCGAAUGCAGUUGCAGGAGGGGACUGGGCCAAUCGUGCAGACCCGGCCCGUGUUUGGAAGACUAAGGGCCCCAAGGCUGGAAGGGAUCGUGCGGAAGCUCCUGUCAGUACAGCGCAGAGGGCUCUUUCGACAGUAUGGGACGCGUUGCCACCAGCGGCGCGUCAGGCCAUCGAGCAUGCAGGUUGGCAGCCCAAGCAGCCAGCUCCGCCGCCGGGGCUUGGGGGCUCAAACAGGGCUGUCCGCCUCGUGAAGGGCGGAGAAGGCAAAGGAAAAGGGGCCAAUAAAGCGGCUGAGCAUGAGGAUCAGCCUGAUGAAUCGGUUAAGGCGCUUUUUGCGUCUGCCAGCGAUCAUCAGAAAGAGCUCCUCACGCAGUGCGGAUUCUCAGAGCCGGAGGGGCCGCAGCCUGACUUGAUUGAAAUGUGUAAGAAGCACAUGUCGGAGCUUCCUUCGGCCAUCCGAGAGCUCGUGGAGGAGCCGCCUGAAAAACCGCUUUCUGCUUUCGAGCAGCUAAAUGAUACCAGCAAGAAAUUCAAGACUGCGACCGUAGAGCUUCGAGAGCUUAUUAUGAAAAAGGCCGCUCUUCAACUAAAAAUCAACAAACACAAAGAAGUCUACACGAGCAUGCUCAAUGACAUGAAAACCCUGGACACCAAUCUGUGCGGCAAACAGGACCAAGUCACCUUGCUGCAGCAGCAGUUGCAGAGUUCUGUUGUUGCAGAGGUCGCGGAAUCCAGGCUUGACAUUGAGAGUGCUCUGGUUAAAAGUGUUGAUCACAUGCCUCUGGAGCAGCUUGAAGCCUUUCGUGAUCGUUUCUGUGGUAUUAUUGCUGAAAAAGUCUCCCUUAAGAAGCAAUCGGAAUUGCCAGAUGCCCACAUGCCAGAUCAAGCAUCGCAGGGUCCCCUGGGCCCUCCGGGAGGAUCACCAGGCGACGAGCCUGCUGCCCGUCGUGAGGGCAAAGGUCGUUCCAGAAGCAGGGGCAGGGGAGGUACUGGACCACAGGCUGGAGGUCCGCCUGGGCCGACUGGUGCGCCGCAUGCGGGUGCACAGGGCCAGCAGCAGUUGCAGACGUAG